AUGCCGUCGCCGCCACCGCUGCACCCACCCCAACCACCGCUGGGCCUGCGCGAUACGAUCCCCGCCGCCGCCGCGGUGCCCAUCGCCGUCGCGGCCGCUGUAAUCAUCGGGAGCGGCCUCCCGGGGGAGGCCGUCUCGUCGGCGCUCGUUUUCCCCUCCCUGCUGCUGCUCGCGGCGUGGUCGUCACCCGCGGGGCUAGCGCUAUUGGUAAGAGUGCUUCUCGCCGAGGCUAUUCGCCUGAGCGGUCUCCUAGCGGACGAGGAGGAGGAGGAGGAGGAGGAAGGUCACGAGCAAGGAGAGCGUGGGUCGAGAAGGAGCAGCGUGGAGCUCCAGCGGGGCCACGGCUGGGAAGGGGUAAGGGGGCGGGCGGCCGUGCAGCAGUGGAAGUGGAAUCGCCGCCGGCGGCAGAGGCGCGAGCAGCGGCGAGAAGGAGAACAAUGGCAGGGGGAGGAGGAGGAGGAGGAGGAGGAGGAGGAGGAACUUCAGAGUGAGCAAGAGGGAGAAGGAGAUGAGCGUCGUCAGCGGAGGCAUGCGAACGAGCGGCGGGUGGACGUGGAAUGGGAGGGCGGGCAGCUCUUUUUGGUCCUUCGCCGGGCUGUCGCGUCCGACUUCCUAAUCAAUCUCGUCAAUAGGUACAUGCACGGUCCGAUCCCGAUGAAAGUGGAGAGCUGCCGGGCGGAGAUGCUGAGGGCGUGCCUCUCGCCGUCGCAGAUUCUACGGCAGGGGUCUUUUCAGGCGACGGUCGUGGGUCUGAGGACCUUUGGUCGGAGGACUCACGAGGACGAGUGGGACGAGAGUUUUUACUACGAGAAAGCUCUUCGAUUCCACCGCUGGGCGGCGGACUACGUCCAAUCCCUCAUCGAGGGCACCUACGGCCGGAGGAUCAAGACGUGGGGCGGCAUAGUGGACAGCCUGAUCAACAACCUCACCUUCGAGACGAGGGACGUACACCUUAGAAUCGACGACCGCUUCAACGGGCAUUGCUUUGGGAUGUUUGUGGAUGUGUUUGACUGUAAACCCGGGGUGCAGGAGCCGGAGUCGUUGGGGGCGACCCCGCACGAGUUCGCCGUGAAGGGGGUGUUAUUCUACGUCGACCCCCACAACGAGGUCGCGCUCAGCCCGCAGUGCACCGCGAUGACCGUGGACGAGGGCACGUUCCGCGUCGAGUUCCCCGACAUCUUCAGGACCCUAAUCCUCAACCGCGAGAUCAUGCCGGGGGGCAGGGGCAAGCGGCUGCGGGUCCGAGGAGACUUCACCGGGAUCGUUGCGAACGUCCAGGCUAACCAGAUGCGGACGUUUCUGUUCAGCCUCUUGGGGACGUUUUGCCCGUACAAGUACAGCGCGUGGAAGGCAACCAUUCGGGAGCAGGCGGCCGUCGACUGCAGGCCAGUGUCACCCUCGCUCCGGCGGGAAUACAUCGACACGUUCGGAACAGCGCGACAGGAGAACGAGUUGAAAGCGGCGCAAAAGAAGGAGCGCGCGGACAAACUCAUCGAGCUAGAGCGACGCAUGUCGUACCGCGACAUCCUUCUCGUGCGGAAGGAGGCCCGCGGCUGGCGGCUGGAAGACAUGGGGGGGGGGGGCGAGGAGCCCGCGGGGACAAGCCCUCCCCUCGAUCCCGAGCUAAUGGAGGGCGUCGAAGAGGGGGACCCUGGGUACGAGGAACUGGCUCAGUUCGCGGCGAAGGUGCAGGGCCUGAAGCUCUCUGCCUGGGAAAUCAGCACUUGCCUCCGGGAGAUCAUGGUCGAGACGGUCAUCGCUCGCCAGGCUGACAACGCCGACGGCCCAGAGGACAAGACGUUCAAGUCUCCGCUGCAGGCCGUUCUGUUCGCCGGAAGUAUGGAAGGGCGUUUCCGGCUGUUCAUCGCCCGAACCAAGGCCAGCAAUCGGCUUCACUCUCGAGGGGCGAACGGGGUCGACGGUGAGCCCACCCUGCCGUGGCUCUUGGCCGGUGGCACGAUGCAGCACCCGGUGGUGCUAGACGAAGCCACGGCGACGCGGUUUGGGUACGGGUCGAGCUGCGUUUUGGGGCCGGCGAAGGCGGUAAGAGUGGCUCAACCAGACAGCGGCGCCGGGGGUGAAGGAACGGCUGGACGACGCGCGGACGACAGCAAGAGCGAAAGCGGCGCCGUCCCGGAAGUCGGCGGAUACUUCCGGAUGUGGAGCGACUACCGCAUGGCCCUGGAAGGGCACGCGAGCAACGUGCAGGCGGGCGCCCUCCUUCCCCCGGUCCUGGACAUGGCGAGGACGGUGGCAGACACCUUCCGGCGCCGCUGGGCGGCCGGCGGGGAGUACCCCGAGCGCGUGCUGGCGCGCGUGAGGCUCGCGGAGAGGAGGGACGAGGGUGACGAUGAGGCCGAGGCCGGCGGCGGCUCGGCGGCGACGGUUGCCGCCGCGAGCGUCGGGCGGGCUGAAGCGGUGAAAGUCGACGGGGCUAGCGGGAAGGGCGACGACACCAAGGGUAGCUUGGCAAAGGUGGCGGAGGGGAGCCGACGAGAAGGGGAGAGUGAGACGGAGGGGGAUCUUGACGACAGCGACGACAACCAGGACGCCGUUCCCGCGGGACGGGUGCCGGGAGACGAUCGGGAGGAGGAGACCAGCGCCGGUGAAGAAGGUGCUUCAGGCGGCGGCGGUGGCGGCGGCAGUCGUGACCUUUCCGGCGGUGGGGGCGCGGCGGAUGGUACCGACGACGACGGCGGUUCAGAGGGGGAGACCCCCGCUCUCGCGGCGGGGGCUUCGGCAGCGGUGGCGCUGUCGACGACGACUCGGGCCGGAGGUAUGACGGGGGACGGCGGCUUGGCGACGGCCACGAGCACGCCGGACGGUGAUGGCGAGGCGGCGGCGGUAGCGCUUACCGGAGACGGCGACACGUCUUCUGCUUCCGCCCGGGACCGGGAGGGGGCGGAGGCGGUGGAGGCGGGGAUGCAGGCCUCCGGCGAGGAGAAGUUCAUGCUCCCGGGGUGGCACUACCUCGCGCUCUCGGGCAGGUCCCUGUCGAUGGACUUCCGGUGGUCGAACAUGGACCUGGUGCUCAUGCAGGACCCGACGGCGCGGCAGGGGCGCGACACCGGCAAGAACGUCCUCGCGCUGCGGUCGACGGGCACGCUCACGGUGAGCAGCUCCGGCGUCGGAGAGUCCGUCGACGUCCAGCUCCGGGACGCCUCCCUGUUGCCCUGCUUCUACGCCGACGAGGGCGGCGGCGAGAAAGUUGGGAGCGUUUCUUCUCAUCCCGCCGCCGCCGAAGCCGGCGGCGACGGCGGUGUCCCGGCGCAACGCCUCGCCCUGAUCCUCGGCGGAGGCGAGAGCGCCUUGAGAGCGGUGGCGAGGACGUGGCUCGGGCAGGGACUCGUGACGGCGGACUCCCGCCCGCUGUUGGAGCCGUUCACGGUUCAGGUCGGGUACGGGACGGUGGUCGCGCAGGCCGCCGUCGAAGGCCGCGGGACUGGCGUCACGGACGGCCGGAGACGCCGAUCGUCCACCCUGUCUGGCCACGACGACUCGGAGGACGAUGACGACGACGACGAAGAUGAUAGUGAUGGUGGGCACGGUGGCUUGGUGGUCAAGCCUCCGGUUGGGAGGAGGGAGGACAGCGGGCCGUCGGACGAAGACGGAGGGGUCGUUGAAGGGGGCGGGCGAGAUCAGUCCGCGGCGGGCGAGACGGUAGCCGGCGUAUUUCGAGUGGCCGUUUCCGAGGUGGAGCUGAUGCUGUCGGGCGCAAAGCGAAAGGCCGAGGAGGUCGGAACGAUCGAAGUCGAGGUCGACGGCCAGACGCGGUCGUUCGGGGCGUCGGAUGUCUUGCCGCCAACCCCGACAACCGCUGCUGCGGGCGAAGCAGCCGUUGUCGAGCUUGAGUUCGCUUGCCGUUGCCGCCUCCGUCGCCGCCGCCGCCGCGGCCGGAGAAGAAGACGAGAAGAAAUCGCCGCCGAUGGAGGAGGAGGAGGCGGCGGCGGUGGCGGCGGCGGCGGCACGCCCGGCGUCCCGGCUGACGCGACCGCUCUCGACUCCUCCUCCGGCGGCGAGCAAGACGGAGGGGGCCACCGCCGCUGGCAGCGGGGGGCCAGCGCCGGUGCCGGAGCCGGGGUCGAUCCAGAAGAAGAGACAGACGGAGAAGAGGACGACGGGGUAGACGGGCCGCGUGACGCUGAACCGGAGGCCGCGGCGAAGGUGCGGCUCCUAACGGCGGAGGGCGAGGUGCUGGGAGAGGCGUUGGCGGAGCUGGCGGGUGCGCCGGACGACUGGGCGCGGUACCCGCUCUACUCUCCCGGUGGUGGCUCAGGAGGGGGGGACAGCGGUGCGGAGAGAAAAGGUGGCGGUAGAAUUGGUUCGGGUGAGACAUCGGCUGCUACUGCUGCUGCGGCGGCGGCCAAUAGGCGCAAAGCUACGACGGGCCUGGACAGGGGGGGUGUGAUCCCACGCCCCCCCGCGGCGGUACGCAGGCGUUGGGGCUGGGGCUACCGGCGGGACAGGGAUGCGGCGACAACUCGGUCGUGGUUCCGCCCGAGACCGCCGUCGAGGGACGUCGCCGGUGAGGUGAGGCUUCGCCUGGGGUGGGUGCCGUCCGGCCUUGCCGUGACCGUUCACCGGUGCCGGGCGGGCGCAGCGGCGGCGAUGUCGACGGCGUCGAGCGCGGGCUUAGUCGAAACGCCGCUGCUCGCGGGCAGCGGCCGGCGACGGCGGUCGAUACUCGUUAGCGCCGAGCCCGGGGGCGGGACGGCUCGAGCCCACCCGGUAAGGGAUGACAGCGGUGCUGAAGCACAGGAUGUCUGGGGGUUGACCGCGGUUGAUGCAUCGAGCACCGGCGAAGGGCCGAGAGUAGCAGUCGCCACUAAACCAAAGAACUCGGCGCAAGACGAUCGGCCGUCGUCCUCUGGUAGCCAAGAGGUUGUCCCCGCCGGCGGGGGCGGCGGCGGCGGCGGCCCGGGCCCGGACGCCGCCGGAGCCGAGGGCGAGAGUUCGGAGAGGCUCUUCUUUGUUCUCGAUACCUCGUGCCUCUUGGGUGGGUGGAACGGUGACGGAGGCGGUGCUCGUCUCCUCUUGUCCGCAGCGGGCGAGGAAGAGGAGGAGGAGGAGGCUGCUGCCUGCUGGCAAGGCGACCCAGUCGCGAAGACUAUCGGCGCCGCCUCUGGCGCAAGAGAGGAGGGACCAGGCGCCGCGACUGCCGAGCUGCUCCUUUUCUCGGGAGCAGAGCCGGCGCGUCGCUGGGUGCCGCUGACCGACCGGGCCGGCAGGGUGACGGAGGAGGUGGACGUCACGAUCGCGUGGGCAGUGGCGGCGGCGCCGCCACCACCACCGUUGUCGCCCACCCGCCGCCCUUCUUCUUCCAGCGCGACAGCGGGUGAAGCUGUCGGGGAAGAACCCACGGCGGCGGAUGCUUCGCCGGAAGCGCUCGUAGUCCCUGGCAAGGAAACAGCGGGCGGCGGCGGCGGCGGCGGCCACAAAGAGGGUGGCGGUCUCGACACGAGAUCAGCAGCAGCCGACCGAGAAAAAACGGACAAGGCGACGGCAGCGGCGGCGGCGGCGGCGGCGGCGGGGUUAGCAAGCGCCGACGAGAGCAGGGGGGGCGAACCGUUCCUGGAGCCGACUCAGGUCGUGUCCCGGUGCUUCUCGAUGCACACGUCUGAUCUGGUGUUUCGGGUCUCGGACCUUGAUAUGGCUGUGCUGGUCACCAUGGCUAAAGGCAUCGUGCGGAUCCUGAGGCCGCCGAAGAGCAAGGAGGAGAAGGAGCUGGAGAUGGAAGCCGUCCAACAGAGGCUUCUGGAGGAGGCCAACAGCAAGAGGAAUGCCGCAAUUCAGCAGCUCCGCGCCACCUUCCAAAGCGGGGACCACCACAAUCAAGGCGGGGCGGACGGUCCGAGAGCCUCCUUCGACGGCGAUGCGCAUCGCGAGGAGCUGCUGAACGUGAGGGACGUGGUGGAGCUGCUGAGGGACUUCCUUCGAGCCAAGGCCCUGACGGAGAGCGAAGUCAGCCGCGAGGCGGAGGAGUUCAUGCUGGUCAUUCUGGCGGUGGAGGAUGAGGCGAAACGACGCACGCCGGUGCGAACGCGGGCUCGAAGCGCGUCUCCGACCAGUCGGCGACGCGCAUCUGAAGGGUCGCCCUCAACACCGUCGCGAGUCCCCGCCGACGACCUCAGCGAUCUCGCCGCCCCCGGCACCCCCAGCACCGCCGGCUUCGGCGGCGACAUAGAUUCCAGUUCCUUCAGCGUCAGGAAGCGGUGGCGGACCAGGCUGCGCCCUGAUUGGCGGGGGGGCGGGCGCAGCGCGGCGAGGAACAGCUCCCACGAGAAGCCGUGGUCGCCGGCGGCAGCGCCGGCGGCGGCAGCGCCGGCCGGGGGCCCCGUGAAAUCAAGCGCCACGGCGGUGGACACGCCUCCUCCACCACCGUCUUCUUCUUCUCCCGCCUCCUCCAUUUUGUAUUCGAGCGGGAGGCGGAGCAGGAGGAGGAGCGGCAGGGGGACGCCGCGCCGCAGCAGCUGGAGGGGGGUGAGCAUCAGCCUUGACCACUUCAUCUUGGCACUCCAGAGCUUCAUGGAGGAGCAGCCGGAUGAGGGCUACGUGAUGGCGAGGUGCGAGGAGUUUGCCUCCGAAGACAUCGAGCGCCGGAUUCUGGCGGGUCACCCGACGCUGGCGCACCGCCUGGCCGCUAUCCCACCCGCCGACCCCCUCCCCGAAUUCUGGGGCGUGAUGAAGAGGGAGGCUGGCGCGACGCGGCUGUCCGGCGGCGGGCAGCAGGCUCGCGUGCUGCAGACUCGGAUGGUGCGCGCUCUGAAGAGCUACCAGAUUGCGCGCGCCGCCUGGGCACACCUCGUCGUUCCCGCCCUCUUCGCGGUGCCCAGGUGCGGAUCGAUCAAGGCGUCUUCGGGCAACACCUACCUGCCCAUGCCGUGCCCGGUCCGCGAGGGACAGUCCCUCUACGUUGACAAGCCCGCGGUCCUCAUCACGUUCCUUCCCCCGGAGCUAGGCGGGGUGGCGGGGGUCGAACCCAGCGGCGAGGUUAUGGGAAAGUCGUCGGCGCGGCCGCCAGUGGCGUCGGCGGCAUCGGCGGUGUCGGCGGGAGCCACCGCUUGGGGCGGCGGCGGAGUGGCUGGCGGGCUGCUGACCGGCAUCAUGGCCCAGAGUAAGGACAGGGGCAUGAGCGGUGUCAGGAGUUUCUUGACGUUCACCCUGGACAGACCGGCCGUGGUGUAUGUCUGCUACGACCAGCGUCUGAGGAGGCUCCCCGUGUGGCUCAUGUACUUCGAGAGCACCGACUGGGUCGUGCAAUCGACGGAUGCCACGUUCAGGGUGUGGAGGAAGCGUUACGCUCGGGGACAGGUGAAGCUGGGGUGCAACGAGGGCUGGCGCAAGGGCUGCGCGCAGUACGUCGUCCUCCUCGGCGCGGACGACGGCGCUCACGGCGCGCCACCUCCUUCGGGAGGAGACCCCGCCCGCUCCGCCGGUCCCCGCCACCACCAGCACGGCACCGGCAGUAAUCGUCUAGCACCUGCCCCCGCCGGCGGCCGUGGCGGUGGGGAGAGACCCACAACGUUGCUGUCUCCUUCGCGACCAUCGCCGACAAAGCCGAGGGGGCUUCUGCCCGAUGGCGACGCCACGGCGGGAGGAGGGGGGGGCGGGGACGACGGGCUGCCGUCCCCGCGCUGGGUGCUGCGGCCGCAGACCGUGGCCGGGGGGAAAGGGUCGCUCGCGCAGGCGGUGCGCGCGCUCGUGGACGAGCGGAGGAAGAGCCGCGCAAAGUCUCGGAGUCAGCUCUUGCCAGGCGGCACGUCCCGGUCGCAACUAGACGCGGCCGCCGCGACGGCGGCGGAACUCGGGCUGGAGCUGGCCCCCGUAGAGCUACAGUACACGACCGCGUUCGACUUGGGCCGGAUGUCGUUCCGAGUCAUCGAUCCCAGUGCUGCUGCUGAGGACGCUUUCCACGUCAAGGCUGAGCUGUGCUUAAGCCACGCCUCCGGCAGCCUGGUCCUGCGCCACCUGCACCCGGGAGACUGGCUAGGCAAGCCCGACAGCCUUACCAUGAGGGUGAACGCGGGGGGGCUGGGGACGUACUACAACCCCCUGGUGGACAAGAGAGAGCACCUGGUGGAGCCGUGGUCGGGUCUGGUGGAGUGUCACAGCGAGCGGGGGGAUGCCACUACCCAGCUCCGGGUGGAGAUGCCCGAGCACCUCGUGGUGAACGUAACGUCGGCCCUGGUGGAAAACAUCAAGGACACCGCUUCUUUGGUGGUGCGGAACUGGGCCGGCAGGUAUUCCGAGCCGUCGGUCGCCACCCAGAGCUCCGAAAGUUCGGGCACCUUGCUCAUUCGAAACACUCUCGGGGUAGAGGUGGUCGUCCAAAGCCUUGACGCGACCUGGGGGGCAGGCGACGGCGGCGGCGGUUGGGGCUGUGAUGCUCCCGGCGGCAGCUGGGACAGACACGUGAACGGGCACGCGAUCGAGUGCCGGUUGCCGGCCAAGACAGAGUGGCGAGACGGGGGCGUCAUCGCGGCCGACGUCCUGGUGCACGUGCCCGGGUUUCAGACGGUGGCAGGCAUUCAGGUCGGGGGCAGGGGCGCCCGCGCGUACCCGCUGAUCCAGCUCUCCCAGCCGCCCGCAGCGGCGGCGGGGCAGUCGGCAACCGCACAACCCGUCGGAGACAGCAUGAGUAGGCACGCCCGAGGGGUGGCGGAGCGGUUCAUGUGCGUGCCCGUCAAGGGCGCCGCGUUGAACAAGGUCGGGCUAGCGCUCGUGGUGGAUGUUGGCGAGAAGCCCGUCGCCGCCGGUGGCUCCCUCGGUGGGGGCGGUGCGCGCCGCGUCGAGGCCUUGAGCAAAGGCGGCGAAAGCCUGUUGACAGCCUCGUCGUCCGCGUCUCACGGGGGCCUCGUGGCCGAGCUGCGGACGAACGUCUGCGUGCACAACGGGUCGGCGUCCGACGUGGAGGUGGACAUGGUGGACAUAGCAUCGGCGGCGGCGGCGGUCGCGACCACCCCCGGCGUCAAGAGACCAGGGCAGCCGGCGUGGGAACAAGACUGGGGAGCGGCACCGGCGGCGGCGCCCCGGACAGGCGGCGGCGGCGGCGGCGGCAGUGCCACAGUCGUGAACCUCGCGCCGGGAGCCCGCCUGGCGCUCCCGCUUCCCGUCCUGUCCUCCUGGCACUUGCGGAUCGGGGGCGACGCCACCAACGCCUGGUCCCGACCCCUCCGACUCUCCCCCGCCCUUCUCGACCCGGCCGUCCCCAACGCGCUCCGCCUGACGAGCGACAUGGAGCGCAACUCCGUCUGCUUGAGAAUGACCAAGUCCAGCGGGCGGGUUUCUCGCGGGAGCGACGGCAGCGGCGGGGCGACGGCGGCAGCAGCGGCAGCGGCGGCGGCGGCGGCGGCGACCGCUGCUGCAGCCGCCGCGGCUAGGGGGGAGAUGCACCCGGACUCCGGCGGCGACGGUGGCUUGCGAACGUCCCCGGUCUCGAAGGAGGGCGGCGGCGGCGGUUCACGCCGCAUGUCGGUUCAGCGCGUGGGCUUCGGCCUCCCGCCGCCCUCCCCCCGCUCGUCCCGGGCGUCACCGUCCCCGCGGGACGGGGACGGCGGCGGCGGCGGCGGGGUUGACAGGCCGAGGACAAAGGCGUCCACGUCGACAACCACGUCUUCGCCGGUAUCGCCUCCCGUGGGAGUAACAGCGGCGGCGGCGACCUCCUCUGGCACCGCAGACUGGGUGCUGAUGGUCCAGCCCUCCUACCUCGUGACCAACGCCCUGCCCUGCGCGAUGGAGGUGGAGGUGCUCCAGCCGCCCGCUGUCGGCGGUGUUGGUGGCGUGGAGCGGAGCGAGCGAAGCCGUUCCUGGGGGGGCUUUGGCUCCGACCUUGCCGACCACGGAGAGGUCGACCUGGGAGGAGGGUGGCGGGACGGAGGAGGGUCCAGCGUUAGCAGCGACGAGGACAGCGACGCCGCCUCUCUGGCGUCCUCGGUGACCUCUUCUCGCCAGACCCAGCAGAGCGAGGGCAAGGCUACGGCGGUGGCGAGCGCCUCGACGGGGGUUCGAGUCAAGGCCGCCGUUCGCAACCCGGCCCUCGACCUAUUCUUCCUACCGACAUCGUCUUCGUCCGAAACGGGCGGCGGCGGCGGUGGGCGCGGGAGCGGCAGGGCGAGGAGCGGCAGCCGAGGCGAGAGCGGCGCCGGGGGUGCUAGGAAUAGAGGUAAGAGCAGCGAUGAUUCCGGUGGCGGAGAUGUUGGCGGUGGCGGGCAAAAGAGCGGAAAAGGAGGCAAUGAUUCGGCGAAAGGUGGGGCGAGGAUCUGGCCGUGGCCGCACUCGCAGCAGCAGCAGCAACAACAACGGAUGCGACGUGAGGAGUACGACACUAUCCACGGGUUCCACAGCGUGUGGAAGGGGCUCGUCGGCAGUGGACAGGAAGCCAAGGUUGGAUGCGUGGACAACGACCGCCCGUUCUACGUGCGGGUGCGGCUGCCGGACCCUGCGGCCGGCGCUAACCAGCCGCCUCCAGGACCCCGGUCCCCGCCCUGCUACCACUGGUCCGAUUGCUUCGUCAUCUCGACGGCCGACCACGCGCGAAGAAGCUUCUUCAACUCGCGGCAGCCGGAGGACAUAACCUGGCGAACGGCCGCGCGGCAAGACUGGGGACGGCCGUCGCCGGUGGUUGGCCGGGUCUCGCCGGGGGGAGCCUACGGACGGGCAGCGUCGAGGGGAGGAGGGUGGGGAGAAGGAAGGACGCGUUGGCAGCAGUGCCCCGAGAUCAAGGCUGCUCGGUCGUGGGGGAGGUGCUCGGCACGGCGACUGACGUUUUACGCGCCGUACUGGAUCGUGAACAAGACGGGGUUGGCGCUCAACUACCGCGCCAGGUACCCCAGCAAAUCGACCUUCAGCGCACGCCCCUCUGCAAAGAGUGGCGGCGGCGGGGGCCGUGGCGGCAGCGGUGGCCGCGGCGGUGGCGGCGUCAACGGCGAUAUCGGCAGCGGCGGCGAUGGGGCUGGAUCGGGGAAGUUCAAGGACGGCGGCCGCGGCGGGAACGACGAGGGGGGCGGUUCCCAACAAGGCGGCGGCGGUGGUGGUGUCUCGCGGACGGGCUCGGUUUCAUCCGCGGAAGAGAAUGCCCGCAUCCAGGUGUCGCGGUUGCUCCUUCGAGACGCUACGUACGUGGGCGACGAGGAGCACCUCGGCUUCUUCGGCGGUAGGAGCCUGCCCGUCAUGCUCGCCUGCCCGUCCAGAAAGCUGGAGGUGAUGCCCUACGCCCUGGCGGCUAGGGCGGAGGACGCCGGGCUCUGCGUUUGCGAUCUCCAGCCGAGGUGA